AUGGCUUCAAGCAUAACUAAGAUUAAUGUAGCCCUUGUGAAUGACACGUCACCACUCCCAAUAACUCUCAAAGGAUCCAACCUUCUCGCUAAUGGCCACCCAAUCCUCACUGAAGUCCCUCUCAACAUCACAGCUACCCUGUCACCUUUUAACAAGACCCCCUCCGGCUGCUUCCUUGGCUUCGACGCCGACGAGUCUAGGAGCCGCCACGUGGUCCAUAUCGGAAAACUCACUGCGAUCAAGUUCAUGAGCAUAUUCCGGUUCAAGGUCUGGUGGGCCACCCGCUGGACCGGAACCACCGGAAACGACUUGGAGCACGAGACCCAGAUGAUGCUCUUGGACAAAAACGACUCCGGGCUCCCUUACGUUGUGAUUCUUCCACUUCUGGAAGGACCCUUCAGGACCUCUCUCCAACCGAGUCAUGCAAACGAUGACUACCUGGACAUUUUCAUGGAAAGCGGCUCGACACGUGUCAGCGCAUCGAACUUCAGGAGCUGCUUGUAUAUGCAAGGUAGCGGUGAUGACCCGUAUAGCUUGGUCAAGGAGGCAAUGAAGGUGGUGAGGGCCCACUUGGGGACGUUCAAGCUCCUAGAGGAAAAAACUGUACCAAAAAUAGUGGACAAGUUUGGGUGGUGUACGUGGGAUGCAUUCUAUCUUAAUGUGCACCCCAGAGGGGUGUGGGAAGGUGUGAAGGGCCUGGUGGAGGGUGGGUGCCCUCCAGGACUGGUCCUCAUUGAUGAUGGGUGGCAAUCAAUCUGUCCGGACGAGGACUCAGUGGAGGGCCAAGAAGGCAUGGCCAGGAUAUCAGCUGGGGAACAAAUGCCAUGCAGGCUGAUUAGUUUUAAAGAGAAUUAUAAAUUUAAGGACUAUGAGGGGGCGUCUGGCAAGGGCUUGGGUGGCUUUGUUAAGGAUUUGAAGGAGGAAUUUGGGAGUGUGGAGCAUGUGUAUGUGUGGCAUGCGCUUUGUGGGUAUUGGGGUGGAAUUAAGCCUGGGAUUAAUAGUCCAGGGAUGCCCGAAGAGUACUGCAGGGUGGUUAGUCCUAAGUUGUCUCCGGGAUUAGAGAGGACAAUGGAGGACCCGGCGGUGGACAAGAUUGUGAGGAAUGGAGUUGGGUUGGUUCUGCCGGAGGUGGCCCACAAGCUAUAUGAGGGGAUUCACUCUCAUCUUCAGUCGGUGGGGAUUGAUGGUGUCAAGGUUGAUGUCAUAAACUUGCUUGAGAUGUUAUCCGAGGAUUUUGGCGGUCAAGUUGAGUUGGCUAAAGCAUAUUACAAGGCACUGACUGCUUCUGUGAGGAAGCAUUUCAAUGGCAAUGGGGUGAUUGCUAGCAUGCAGCACAGCAAUUACUUUAUGUACCUCGGAACCGAGGCCAUAGCCCUUGGACGUGUUGGAGAUGAUUUCUGUUCUGAGACGAUGGAGCAAGCAGGUGGGACAUAUUGGUUGCAAGGGUGUCACGUGGUGCACUGCGCCUACAAUAGCCUUUGGAUGGGCAACAUCAUACAGCCAGAUUGGGACAUGUUUCAAUCUACGCACCCGUGCGCUGAGUUCCAUGCUGCAUCAAGAGCCAUAUCUGGAGGACCAAUCUACAUUAGUGACUCUGUUGGAAAGCACAACUUCAAGCUUCUUAAGAACCUGGUGUUGCCAGAUGGGUCCGUACUGCGAUGCCAACACUAUGCCCUUCCUUCUAGGGAUUGCCUAUUUGAAGACCCUGUGCAUGAUGGGAAAACAAUGCUCAAGAUAUGGAACCUCAACAAAUACACUGGAGUUUUAGGUGUUUUUAAUUGUCAAGGCGGAGGAUGGUGCUCUAAAUCCAGGAGUAACAAAAUUGCCCCCGACUGCUCAAAGUCUGUGACCUGUUUGGCUAGCCCAAAAGAUGUCGAAUGGAAUCAAGGGAAGAAUCCAAUUUCAAUCAAAGGAGUGAACACUUUUGCUGUGUAUAUGUUCCAGCAAAACAAGCUGAAGCUCUUGCAGCCAUUAGAGAACAUAGAGAUUUCACUUGAGCCUUUUACUUUUGAGCUCCUCACCGUUUCGCCGGUGAGGGUCUUGCCGAAGAAACCAAUCCAAUUUGCUCCGAUUGGAUUGGUCAACAUGCUUAACACUGGCGGUGCAAUUGAGUCAGUAGAAUUUGAGGAACAUGAAGAUUCCCUUAGUUUGGUGAGAAUUGGAAUGAAGGGUUGUGGAGAAAUGAGAAUGUUUGCUUCAGAAAAGCCAAUUGCUUGUAAGAUCGAUGGGGAGGGAGUGAAGUUUCAUUACGUUGAUAAGAUGGUCAAAGUCCAGGUGCCAUGGCUUAGUUCUUCAAGGUCAACUUUAGUUGAGUACCUGUUUUGA